CAUGGCCCGAUAGAAAUGAUAAUUAUUUAUCCUCCUCGUUAUGUUGUCAUACUCCCAUUCCCCAUUCCCCGGCUUCCUCCUCCACAUCAGAACGAGAGUGUCCAAUCCGCGCAAUCAUUGCUCGAGGACGGGUGAAGGCCAGCAUGCUCAGCUCCCUUCUGAUUCAACAACCUCAUCCGAGAAAAGGCAAACAGUCAAGUGCGCGGAUCUCUUCACGGGUUCGGGUUACCCAUAGGGAGAUUCAGGUUCUCAGUCAGCUGAUUCGUCGGCCCCGGACGGGAUGUGCACCUUAGCCAUGUAGCCAUCUCUGACCCAGGCUUUCCCAAUUCAGAAGCCGGUUGACUUUCACCUGCCGCCAGCACCAGCACCAGCAGCAAUAGGAUUACGCAUCCCCCGGCUCUUUCACUGGAGUCAGUGUCUCACUCUUCCUUCCUUGGAACCACAUGCAUGCUCACAGUGCGGCGACCUCAAAUACAGAAGAAGGUGAAAUUCCAGCACCAUGUAAUUCAAGAAGGUUGCCAAUGAUUUGUCACCUUUCAGCAGCGCUGGACUCGGUCGACGAGGAAAUCCGUCCACAUGUGCAGCGAUGGAAGAAUGCAGGGAGCUGGGGAGCUGGGCUUAUCUGAUAUAGAAAUGGGGUGGGAGUAUUUGGAGUGGGGGGCACUCGAGGCAGGGUGCUAAAUAUCUUUAGAUCGGAAGUCGGGACUAGAGGCCGGAUGUGUUCUAUUCGCUUUACUGCGUGACAGCGUGGGAUGCGCUGCCCUCACCACCUCGUAUCCAAUGUCGAUCGAGUCAACCUCGAUGCCAUUAUGACAUCCCGUCGUUUGCUCAUGCCAAGUGCUCCCCACUACUACUAAUACUACUCCUUCGACUGCACUGUGCUGACUGACUGUCUGACUGACCGACCGACCUCCAGCCAUUGCUGCCACUGGCUUCCCACAAAUGUCAACGUGUCCAUCAUCUUGGAAUUGUGAAUCCUACCUUCUCAGCUCCCCCCUAUCCCUCCGUUCUGUCGCCAACAUUCAGCGUCAGUUCCGCAAAACCCCACCCAGUCCUGAACAUUCUCUGUCCACCUUCUGGCAUAGCACCCACAUUCCCAAUAUCCCUCCCUCAGCAGAAUCACCUCCCUGAGAUGCGACUGUCAAAUUUCGAAGCUCAAGAAGACCUGCGGUUCAAUAGACAGCCUUGCUUAUUCAUUCGAGGAUUCGUUGGGUUGGAGCAGGAUACUGAGGAGUGAUUGAGAGAGGAGGGCAGGCUUGUGGAGAGGUUCGUUUGCUGUCAGUAGGAUUGGGGAAUCGCCUGCGGAGAGGUUGUUGAUCUGGAGGAUAUUCGAGUGCUGCUGCUGCUGUUGCGGUGGAAGAAGCAGUGAAAAGCGGGACAGGCAGCCGCCAUGUUAAAGCUUGAGAAUGCGGUGUUGGUGGUGUGGGCCGUAGCACUGAUGCACGGUGUGGCUCAGGCUGCAAAUUUCAGCACUGUGCUGAGAAAUGAUUAUUAUGAUCAGACUUGUCCGCAGCUCGAGUCGACCGUAGCUCGCACUUCUUGGUACAAGUAUAAUAAUUCGGCAGUGGUUGCUGCCGGGGUUCUCCGAAUUUACUUCCAUGACUGCUGGGUGGCAGGCUGUGAUGCAUCGGUGAUGUUGAUGUCCACCGACACGAAUCAGGCGGAAAAGGACGCGCAGGAAAAUCUGUCUCUGUCUGGAGAUGGAUUCGAUGCCAUCACUCAGGCCAAGCUGGCGGUGGAGGAGGUGUGUCCAGGAGUUGUAUCCUGCGCCGACCUCAUCACUCUCGUCACCCGCGACCUCAUCAUUCUGGCAGGGGGGCCCAGAUAUGAACCCCUGUAUGGCAGACUGGACGGUAGGACGUCGAGAGCCGAAGACGCGAUAGCAGUUCUUCCGCGUGCCAGAGACCCCAUGGACAAGCUCAUCGCCAAUUUCGCCAGCCAAAACUUCAGCUCCCAAGAGAUGCUCGCUCUUCUCGGGGGGCAUACCAUAGGAUUUGCACAUUGUUCAGAGUUCGAUUACCGAGUGUACAACUACUCGACCACGAGCAAGGUGGACCCCAUUCUGAACGCCACUGCAGAGGAGUCCAUGUUCGGAGUGUGCCCGAUCGGAGUGGACCCUCUGAUCGUGGGCAAUUUGGACAACACCACGCCUGAGGAUUUCGAUAACGCGUUCUUCCACAACUUGCAGAACCGCGAGGGAGUGCUCGAAUCGGAUCAGGCUCUCUUCGAGGACCCCCGCACCAGACCGGGAGUCAACGCGUACGCUGCGAAUCAGACUCUCUGGUACCGAGAUUUCGUGGCGACCAUGAUGAAGCUGGGCACUCUCAAUGUGAAGACAAUUCCAGGACCGGAUGCUGAGAUCAGAAGAGACUGUGCCUUCAUUAACUGAUGAUUGAUUCCUCUUCCUUCGAGGAAAGAGAGAGAGGAGAUUGUAAUUUAUUAUUCCCCUGUAGAUUUAGAAUCGAAGCCAUUUUUUGGGCAAGGGCCGUGGCUGACAGACAUACCCAUCUGAUGUCAGCCCACAUUUGGCCCAGUGUGUAUCUAAUCAGCAUGUACACAACUGACAUAUGACAUCCGGCCUUCAUCUAAAAUCUGCGAAUGUGAUGUCAUCUACACUUGCCCGUUAUUUCAUUCGGAAGAUUGCGAUUUGUGAUCCAAAACAAUAAAACGAUUUAUGUUCCCAUUAUGCUC